AUCAGUUAUAAAAUAUAGGAAAAAGUGUAGAUUUUCAAGUCAAAGUGUCUGAUUAAGAUUAAGUGUAGUAAAAACAAAUAGCACAUAUUAUAUGUGCAUGUAACAUGGGAAAACCGAGCUUACUGAUUGAUAUUUCAGUUAUUAACAAUUUAUUGUCUUGUUCCGUUGCAAUAAAUGUAUUUUGUUUGUUUGUUUAAUAUGUUUAUUUCAAUGACUUCUAUGUUUAGCUCAACCAAGGUAAAUGCUAGCUUAUAUAAGUAGUAUAUAUAUUUUUUGUGUUAAACUGAUCUAGCAUAUAGAUAAUAUUCAAGACCAGGAAAAAGCACAAAGCGCUAAUCACAAUCGAAAAUAAAGUUAGCACACAUGUCUUUGACAUUUACAACAAAAAUAGUCACAUUGUACAAUCACAAGUAUACACUGUAUGUUCAAUUUAGUUCAAGUGAGUAGGCAUGACACAGCAUCAACAAACUGAAUUGUCAGGUUUUAUAUUUUCUGGGGUGGUUUCCUUAGGUUGGAGAGUCUUAAUAGACCACUUUCGAGUUUAUCGGUCACUGGAAAAAACUCGUCAAUUAUACGCGCCUUUAUCACCGUCAUUUGUGCGUUUAGGGGCGUCGUCACUUCCUUCCAAUGUUGAGCGAGUGGUUGGAAAACUAUAAUUCUAUAUUGUACGAAUUAUUCGGCAAAUUGAAUUCUCAAAAUUGACAAUCAAUACUGCUGUCAUUAGGGAAUUGUCAGUAAGUACCUACAGAGCAACCAUUAUUUCUAGUUUAUCCUACACAAAGACGAUCACCAAGACGCUUGAUGAACGUAAAUAGUGCAGGGAUACAGGCGAGCCCCUCUAUCUGGUAAAUGACGUCAUAAAGGCGUGCAUAAUUGACGAGUUUUUGCCGGUGACGGAUGAACUCGAAAGUGGUCUAUUACCCUGUAUUUUCACCUCUUCAAUACAACACGUGAUCGGCAUGGUGCAUACUGUAGUUGUUGGUAUCUUGUAAUGACCUCUACAGAUCUAGAGCAUAAAACCAUCCAUCUUUGACACAUUGUACUAAUAAUUGGUUUGCUCACUCAUUUCUAUGGUUAAUACACUAAAAGUCAUAUACUUUUUUGUGUAAUAACUAUACUUUUAAAGUCUUGUAGUACACAUGACUAAUAAGGAUUAGAAAAAAACGUUCUUGCUUGCAUCUAUAAUGCACUAAAAAAAAUCAACAUAACAACUGGGAAGUGAAAUCGAUAUCUCACCAUAAAGUUGCCACUUAUUCACAUUUUAAACAAUUUUGUAUUUUACGGUGUGUUGAGUUUUGACUACCAGUAUGAUCAGGAGAAAAUGUAGGAGGAUAAGGAAUGUUAUUCUCUGCCUAGCAGUACUUAUCUGCAUUAGCUUGCUGAGAAUGAAUAAUUAUAAAACUCAAGAUGGUGAUUGUCCUUCUGAUACUCUUUCUAAUACUGUGUAUAUAUUUAACGCAGUAGCUGAAGCAAGGUCAUAUUGGAAAUCGGUUGAACACAUUGUGAUAAAUGUCCUUGAUGGUUCUACAUACCAAUCCAGUUUUGAAUGCUGUAUAUUUGGAGACAAUAUGUUUAGCGUUCAUCGAUCAGAGGCAGUUGUCAAAGACAUUUUUCGGUACAGAUCGAUGAAGCCUGAACUCAUAGCUAAAACAUACAAGUGCUCAGUAAGGAGCAUUACAUUCAAGCCAGUACAUAUAGGACUUGUGGGAAAUGGAAACUCUUGUGAUCCAUGUCUUACAGUGACAUCUGUCAUAUAUCCCGAAGUCAUGUUACAUGGUGCAGGUGUAUGUGCGAAAAUUGCUUUUAAUUAUCUGAACCCUUCGUAUCUUAUUGAAUGGUUUGAAUACCAGAUAAUGAAGGAAGUAGAUACUGUUGUUGUUAUGUUACAAUACAUAAAUGAUGAAUCUUUGGAAGUGUUUAAGUACUACGAACAAAAAGGUUUCUUGAAAAUAUUGCCCUAUCCAAUAGAACUACCAGGAAAAACAGAUCGUGGAUUUGAGUCAACAAAUUGGCACUUCGAUCAAAGCGUUCAUGAUGAACAGGUUGCUGUUUACACAUGUCAGGCAUAUUUUCAAGGAUAUGAAUUAGUUACGAUUAUCGAUUUUGACGAAUUCAUUGUGCAAGAUGAAUUGAUAUCAUACAAAACCAUGCUAAAGUCUGAACUAUUGCCAUUGUAUCCGCUGGCUGCAGCAUUUACAUUCAAUGUAUCUUUUUUCAUAACGGACUGGGGAAUUUCGGGAGUAGAACCAUUACUAACAAGUCGAUACAUUAAAAGAACUAGUCCUCGAUACGAACGGUUUAAAACAAUGUACAUUCCAAAAAGAACUCAAGAUGUGAACACACAUUAUGUCCAUGCAAAACCUGGAUACAAAAGAAUUCUCCUAACAUCCCACAAUGUUGUUUUACAUCACUAUAGAAAAUGUCCACAUGAUAGGAAGUGGAUAUAUUGCAUGUAUUUAACUCCAACUAUAGAUAAGAAGAUGUUUAAAUUGAUGUCAAAUUUGCUCGUGAAUGUAAAUGCCGUAAAAAAUCUAAUUGGUAUCCUAUGAUGUUUAGUAUGCAGAAGGGCUAUUAAUGAAUUCGUUGGUUAACUGUUUAAAAUUAUGCCUAUAAAUUUGAACAUUGCAAAUAAUAUAUGAGGGUUUCGUAUUAACAUUUGUCGUAUAUAUUGAAAUAAUACCGAAGAAUCUUUCACAUCGACUCGAUUCUUUUUUUUUUACAUUGCAAAAGAGACAUGAAGUAAAAAUAAAAGGACUUCUGGAAUGAGGGAUCCUUUGACUCUGUGUCAGUAAUAAAAAUACUAAUAUAUAAAUAAAAGCAUUCCCACCUUUUGUAAAAAAAAAGAGUCAAAAUGCUAAAGGAAAAUCUUUAUAUAUUUAUCGCAACCUUUAUCACACACCUACUUAUUUUUUUUUUAUUUUUUUUUUUACAUUAACUCCGUUGUAA